ACACACACACACACACACACACACACACACACACACACACACACACACACACACACACCUCCCCAAACAACUUCCUGGAUGCAGUGCCAGGUCUUAUUGUACGUCAUAAUUUCACACCUACCCCUCCUGAAAGGUGAUAUUUUUGUAUAAAAGCAAGAACAAAAAGUCUCAUGUCAGUUCCCCAGAAGAAAGUAGAAGUGGACCAGGUUAUAGUGGGAGAACACAUCCACCUGCUGUCUGUGCAACAGAAUAUUUUCAGUAACAUUUCUGGUGCAUCUCUGCCUCCUCUCGGCUCUCCACCAUGAAGAUGUUGGCUCUGGGAUAUUGCAUACUGGCUCUGCUGGCACUGGCAAUGGCUCAAGGGAACACUCCGUCUGCUGCUACCAAUGGAACAACGACCACAAGUGGUAUGACCACCCAAACGCCAGCGAGUACAACCACUUCCCUAACCACCACAUCAACUGUUGCCCCAACAACCACUACAACUGUCAUCCCAAGCAUCACUACAAGUGAUAUGACCACCAAAACGCCAGCGACUACCACCAUUUCCCAAAACACCACAUCAACUGUUGCCCCAACAGCCACUACAACUGUCACCCCAAGCAUCGCUACAAGUGGUAUGACCACCCAAACGCCAGCGAGUACAACCACUUCCCUAACCACCACAUCAACUGUUGCCCCAACAACCACUACAACUGUCACCCCAAGCAUCGCUACAAGUGGUAUGGCCACCAAAACGCCAACGACUACCACCAUUUCCCUAAACACCACAUCAACUGUUGCCCCAACAGCCACUACAACUGUCAUCCCAAGCAUCGCUACAAGUGGUAUGACCACCAAAACGCCAGCGACUACCACCAUUUCCCUAACCACCACAUCAACUGUUGCCCCAACAACCACAACUGUCGGCCCAAACAUUACUACAAGUGUCAUGACCACCCCAACACCAACAACUGAAACCACUUCGCUAACCACCACUACCUCUAUGUCUCAGACAACCACUACGACGCCUAUCACCCCAAUAAUGACCACAAUGACAACGUCAACCACCAAAACUACCACCAUAGACAAUGGAGGCUCAGAAGUCAAAGCUUCUCUGCUGUUUUCUGUUGCGACAUUGUUGCUCUACACACUCUGCUGCUGAGCUGCAAAACUCGCCUAAAGGAAUAAAUGACUCUUGUUCUUCAA